AUGCUUUUAGCGAAAGCUGCACAAAAGAAGAACUCUCCGAAAGGUCGUCCUACAAAAAAGCAUGGAGGUUCUCCAAUAGAAAAAACAAGAACCUCUUGGAACCCAGCCCUAGAGAAGAUUCUUGUUGAGUUAUUGCAUGAGCACAACACUCCUGAGUAUAGGGGUCAGAAUGGAUGGACUUCAGAAGCUCGGAACAAAAUCGUGAAGGAAUUCCAUGAGAAGGACAGAUAUGUCUGCUUAACAAAGUCCCAAAUCCAAGAAAAGGAGAAAGAGCUAAAAAGAGAAUAUAGGAUGCUGAAAGAGGCUAGAAAACAAAGUGGAGCUUCAUGGAAUAACCAGAGAUGCAUCAUUGAGGCUGAGCCUGCUAUAUGGAACAAUAUAAUCAUCUCAUUUCCUAAAGCCAAGAAGUUUCGCACCAAAUCUUUCCCUCUAUUUGAGGCCUUGGGAGAACUUUACGAUGGAUAUACUGCAGAAGGAACCUACAAUUUCACCUCAACUGAGCCAUUGCAACAUCCAAUCAUUACUCAAGUUGAGAGUGAUCAAGAUGAUCUUGGUAACACUGAGAUUAUAUUUCUAGAUUAUGAGGACACCUUGGCUUAUCAAGUACAAGAUGAUGUAGAUGCAACUGAAGAUGAUAAUGCAAAUGCUGAAAGGCUUAAAGAGAUGCCGCAUAGAAGGGUUGUUGCUGUACCAAGAAACAAAGAAGAAAAAGAACCCAAGAGGCAAAAGAAGAGUGUUGGCGUAGAAGGACUUAUGGAAAGGUACCUUGAUAUGAGGACCAAACAAACUGAAGAUGAGGCUGCACAAUUAGCAAGAGAAAAGGAGGCUCAUUUAGCAAGAGAAAAGGAGGCUCAGUUAGCAAGAGAAAAGGAGGCUCAUUUAGCAAGAGAAAAGGAAAGUAAUGAUUUUUCAAUCAAGAGGUGCAUAUCUGUUCUGAAUUCGAUGGAUGUGACAAAGGCAGAAAAGGUCAAAGCAUAUACCGUCUUCAAGAAUUCAGAGAACAGAGAGAUUUUUGUGAGUGCUUGUGAUGAGGAUCCAGAAUCUGCCUUGAGUUGGUUAAGAAGUGAGAUGGCUUGAAAGAGAUGGGAACACUGCAGCUGGGUGACUGAAGCUCAUGGUGGCAUUAGUGCUAAGCUUAAACACUUGCAUUCAAUUUGUAGUUUAGCUCUUAGCUGGCUACUUCUAUUUAUUCUAAAAAAACAACUGAACUGUAACCAUUUUUAUUACUUUGUGACACUUUCAUGUAUGCAUUUGUGAACGUACAGCAUGCAUGUGUGUUUUCCCUGUGCUAAAA